CCCAACGAGAUGCAAUUUGUAAACAAGUUGUCGUCGGCAUGCCACAAACUCUCUAGAGUGCAACAGUUUACCGGUAACAACUCUCAAUCCUCAUCAUGUUAUUUAGCAAAAGAUUAUUAAAUUUGGAAUCUUAUGUUAUAGAAUGUCCAAGCUAAAGUCUGAAAAAUUGUUAUUGCUAGAAAAACUUAUUCAGAGCAGUUCUGACGGUGAAAUAACAAAUGAACAAAAAGAUCUCUUUGUAAAUCUUGUAAAAGAGACAAGCCCUAAAAGUCCCAAAAUGAAGAAGAAAAGUGCCAACAACCCUGAUAGACAGUCACGUCAAAGAGUUAAAAUUGUUAGAGAAAAUUCACAUGAGGUGAAGGACACUAGUCAUGGAAAGGUUAUAGUUCCCCUGCCAGAAAAUGGUUGUAGGUCAAGGUCACGAUCAGGAAGUUCUAAAUCAAGGUCUGAUUCCUCUUCAAGUUUUUGGUCUUCUGGAUCACAAGAUAGAGCAAGAUUGGUUAAACCAUCCUCAAAAUCAAGAUCAUAUUCACGAUCAAGUGGGAGUUCUUAUUCCAGAUCUCGUUCACGCUCACGAACAUCUUCUUCAUCCUCAACCAGCUCUAGGUCUCGUUCAUCAUCGGUGGAAUAUUCCAGAAAGAAAGUACGGGAAAGAUCAAAAUCACCUUCAACCCCCAAAUCUCCUGUAAAAGAACCAAGAUCAGAUUCAUUAUCAUCAACACAAAGUGCCCCUGUUAAAACUACCAUAGAAAGACAUGUAACUCAUGAUACUGCCAGUGAUACUGGUCGCAAGGGGAAACGAAAAAAGCUUUUGAAGAGAGGAGAAGUUAGAAAAUAUCGGUCAUUUGAUAUUAAUCCAGAUAUAUUUAUUGAAGAGAGAAUUAAACAAAAAUACAAAGAACUUCAUAAUUUAAUGGCAACUCAGUUUUCUGGUACCCAUGCCCAGAUGACUCAACAGCAAUGUGAACAGAUGCACAGUUUAAGGGACCAGUAUAUUAGUGCCAGUCAUGGUUUACCUCCAAGUGGUGUACUGGUUCCCAGGAGUUUACCAGCAAGUAUGAGAGUAAAAAGAGGUGCACCACAAGGUCUGACUAAAGUCAGGUCACGGUCAAGGGACACUUUAACAAGUGAUUUUGGCGACGAUCACACAUACAUUAGUGUCCAGCGAGUUCAAAACACAUCCGCUGCCAGACAGGGCAAGGUCAUUGUUGAUCCUCGUCCAGUUAUGAUGAAAAAGAAGAAGAAAAAAGUAAAGAAAUCAGAUUCAAAAACAACACUGAAUUCUACAUUGGACAGUACCUCUGAUCUCACAGGGUCAAGGACACUUUCUCCAAGAUCAAGGUCAGACUACUCUGGGUCAAGGACAUUGUCUCCAAGAUCAAGGUCAAACGAACCAGAAAUUCAUCAUAUUAAAGCAAGCAAAAAUCCUGAUUUAAUAAAGUGGUUAAAACAAAAAGACAAAGACCACAGGAAAAAAGAAAAGGAAGAAAGAAAGAAGAAAAGGGAAGAAAGAGAGAAGUUAGUUUUGGAGGCAAAUGAUAAGUUUGAACGCAGAUUGGAAUCUCAGAAAAUUGUGAAAAAAUGGAUUUCAGAAAAAGAAAAAGACUAUAGGAAAACUCUUAAGGAGAAAAAACAACAUGAAAAAGAGCUUGAACUGCAGGAAAAAAUAAGAAUUGAAUUGUCAUCACCUACCAGAGGCAUAACUGUACGUGCGCAGACUGCACCAUCACAAUGGAAACAAAAGAGUCCUCGUCAUUCAUAUAAAACAAAGAAAAAUGGUGAAGCAACAGAGAAUACAGAUAGUACCGCACAGACAGUACAGGACCAGUUAGGGACCUCAUCAGAACAUCUAAAAUUUGAUUUAAAUGAUCAGAAAAGUCACGAUCCACUGCCACCUACUUCAAAGUUUAUGUAUAAAAGGCCUGUAGCAGGAAAAAUUAAACUGAACAUGAGAAAUAGACCAAUGAGUGCUCAGCCUAAACUACAGUCAACUCACACAGAGAAAGAACAUUGGCAAUCAGCAAAGGACGAAAGUGAUAAGAACUUGAGAUUAACAUAUGAUGACUGGGUUAAUACAAAAAGGAAAGAAGAUAAAGAAAAAAGAAAACAGGAAAAAAUUAGACAGAAAGAAGUUCUAUCAAAAUCUGAUCCAGAGAUGUCCAAACUUGUGCCAGAAGUUGCUAAAAAGAGAAUUCAUACAAUGCUGAAUGAAAGAAAAUCAGUUGAUACUGGCAUUAAACGAUAUGAUGCCACUGCAAAUAGGUCAUUUGGUGGUGGAAGUUUUGAUGGGAGCAAAUCUCCUAAACCUCCCUCAAAGUCUCAUUCUUAUAAAAUGGCUGACGAUAGACCAGGCACUGCUAAAGAUCGAACAGUAGAAUCUUUAAAAGUGUCUGGAAGAAUAUACCAGAGACCAGGAACAGCCCCAGCUGCUGGGAGAAAAGUUCCUGUUCCCAUGAGAUCACCAUACUCACCCGUUCCCUCAAGUGCCCCUGCACAUGUCGAGGAAAUCAUGAACAGUGAGGAUCAGGCCAAUCCAUUUAUACUGCCCUUCCCACCAGAACAAGGUGUACCGACACAUUUAGCAAACAUGCAGAAAAAACUCUUUUCUGAAGAAACUUUGAGAAAAAGUGGUUCGAUAGAACCUCAAGAAGUCGAGGCAUCUAGGGAACUGGUACCUUUAAAUGAUGAUGUUGAACAUACCAGUUCAUCAGAAGAUAUUAAAUAUGAUAAUAUAAAUACUAAGUCACAUGACACAAAAAUAGAGGACAAAAUUGAAAAUGAUACACAAUAUGUAAAUGGAAAUGCUGAUGAAAAUGCAACGAAAAAGGAAGAAAAUGUAGAAGAAACUAAUCAACCUUCCCAAACAAAAAAGGAAACACAAAAUGUAAAUAUGGACACAUAUUUGGAUCUUCCAGAAGAAUUAGAUGAUGCAGAUGUUAAAAAUUCGAAAGUGAAUGAAAAAGAGCAAACUGUUGGCUUUGAUGAAGUUGACAGUAAUAGAACUGAAAAUAAGACAGAAGAAAAAAAAGAAGAAAGUGAAAAAGAAAGACAGGAUGACAAUGCUUUAAACCAAUCCAGUAAACAUGUAUCCUUUUGUGAGGAACCUGAAGUGUUUGUCAAUCAGGAAGAGCCAGAAUGGAGCACGGACACGGAAACUCCAGACGAAGAUAAUUCACGGUACACUACAAAGGAAGAUUUGUCAACGUUGAUAGAUACCUGUGGUCAGUUAUUAAAUAAGGAAUAUGGUGAAUCAUAUAACCAAGGAAACACUGAGGAGAAAGACAGCGAUAAAGCAUUCCUUACAGAAAGUCUGGAUGACGAUUUUUAAUAAUGUAAUGUGUUUUGUACAUUUUUUUUACUUCCAGACUUUUUGUCCUAGAGAUAGAGCUUAUGUUCUAAUGUUGUUUGUACAGAACUUUUUAAGGGUAUUUUGGACACAAGAGAAAGCACUUGGUAAUUUUAACAAGGAAACAUAGUAAAAUUCCAAGCCUUAUUAAAGUUCCUUUGAAUAUAAUAAACUAAUAAUUUUUAGCAGAAAUAGUUUAUAGUUAUUCUGUUUAGUUGAUUGUCAGAUAUAAAAUAACUAUAAUUUAUUUUGUCUAGUAAUUUAAGUUACUGUAUAAUUUAUGAUUAACUUGAAUGUAAUUCAUGUAUAUGUUAGUGAUGAUGUAGACAUGAUACAUGUAUGAAUGCAGUUAGAUUAGUAUGAGUAUUUGAUCUCUUGGAGGUCGCACAUACAUGUUCAAACACAUAUCUCUUGGAGACCACACAUACAUGUACAAACACAAAACUCUUGUAGACCACACAUACAUGUACAAACACAUAUACAUGCAGGGAGAGAUCCUGAAAGGAGAUUAGGUUUAUGCAGAGUUAAAAUUUGUUAUAGAUAAAAAAAAUCUAUAGUAAAGGUUAUUGCAGGUUAUAAUGAGGUUAAUUCUGAAUUUAUGAGUUCACUUCAGGUGUAAUAUAGCAUCUACUGGAAGAUACAAUAAUCUCUUUUGAUGGUUCUAUUUCUCAUAUUUUGUUGUAGGGCUAGAAUUUGCUGUCAUUUGAAGUAGAGUUAUCUUGCUUUUGUUAGUAAAAGUGCCUGUUUUUGUUAUUUCACUUUGCAACAACUUGGAAUGAUAAUGAAUAGUUGGGUGCCCAGGGACCCUGGCCAUGUUAUACAUUGUUAUUAGCUGAGGACUGUGCCUUCAAUUACAGUUAUAUUAUUUAGUGUUCUGUCCCAAUAUGUGUUUGAAAUGCUGUACGUUUCUUGUGGGAAUUUUUAGUUCAAGGUUCAUGUAGUAGAAAUGCAUGUAUAUGUUUAAUGGAUGCAUUGUUCUGUAAUAAAAAGAACAUGAAUAUUGGUACAUGAUACAGUAAAAGAUUUAUGCACACCUGGAUUUAUGUUUUCUUCAUUUUGAUUAUAAAAGUAUCACAUGAAAACCAGAAAAUUUGUGGAUAAUUGCAAUUUAGUGCAUGAUCCAUGUAUCUAUUCACAGAGCUUGGUUGUUGAGGACACACAUAAGUGAAUGUUGCAUUUUACAAAUGUAAUUCAUGUUAUUUACUAGAGAAUUCAUGAUGUUUUUUAAUACAUGUAUAUACAUAUUUUAAUUAUAAGAUUUUUCUUCUGUAAUAUGGUUUAUAAGUGGAAUUUAUUUUACAGAUUGUCCACUGUAUAAUGUGUACCCUAAACUUGGAUUGUUUUAUAUCACAAAAUAUUUGCCAGAUGUAGAGUUUUUAAAUAUUAUUAUAUUAUAAGUAUAUGUUAUACAUAGGUUGUUUUGUAUCUGUUUUUGUAUUUUUGUAGGAAACCAUGAAACAUAUCAUUUAUUAAUACCUUGCCUAAUAUAAUAUUUUUCAUCUAUUGCAUCAUAAUUGAAAAGACAUUUUUAUUAAUUGUUCAUAUUUAUUAAUGAAAUACAACUCUUUGGUAGGGUUGUAUCAGGGGCGGAUCCAGCCAUUUUAAAAAGGGGGGGUUCAAAUUACAUGUCCCAUUCAAAUGCAUUCAUCGUCCAAAAAAAACCCUCUUGAUCUGCGCCUGUGUAUGCACGCUUAAUCAUUUGCCAGUUUACUAGUUGAUGCAGAAUAAUUGUAAUAAAAAAAAAUUAGUGCUAUUUUACAAUAGAUAAAUAUUAAAUGAUUAUAAUGGUAAAAAAUUAAUUAAGUUAUUAAAUAAUUAAGAUUGCAAACUAAAUAAACUUUUGUAUUUAUCUUAAUGUAAGCCCUGUCACUAUAAAUCUAAUAGCUGCCACCUCACAUUUUAUAGAGUGAAUUAUAUACAUGUAUUUAAAUUAGUUUUAAUUUUCAUAAGUUACCAGGUAAUAUAAACCAAAACUAACAAGUCUAUCAUCUUUUAAACAGAUUGAGGACAAACUGUCUCCAACGUUGUCUUAUGUUUUCUCUUUACCUGGCCUCAUCUUAAGGCUAAAAAGCUAUUUUAUUUUUCCUAUAUUAAUAACUUUUGAUAAAGCUAAGAAAAAACUACAUAUUACCAAAAACUAACCUAGUAAAUCCAUUAAAUGUUUAAUCUUACUCCCCCUCUUGAACAAAAUGUGAUACUGUUAUGGAUUUUAUGAGGUUGGAUACAGUAUUUUUUAUGUAUACUGUAUUAUAUUAUGAUAUAUUAUUUGUUAUCCAAUGUACAUUUAUUAAUAUACAUAAUAGUAAUUUAUUGUGAUGAAUAUUUUAAUCAAAUAAUGUUUGAUUUGCUCAUUAAUUGUUUUCUUGUUAAGAUGUUUGUUUUUAUUAGUUUGAGUUUUUUAUAGAUUUUUAUAUUUAGCACUAGCCGUCUACAGCUAGUGAGGCAUUCCGUCCAAGGACCAGUCUAGAUAUAAAAGAUUUUAAAAAGAUAGAUUAUAACUUGUAAUAUAACUAGUAUACAUUAAAAUAAUGUAGAAAAUAUGGUAACACAUCCACAUGAGAAAGGAUGCCAAUGAAAUCCUUAUAUUAUUUUUUUUUAUCACCAGGUUGAUGUGAAUUUAUCAAAACAUUUCUGGGGAAAAUACUUUAACAUAAAUAAAAUAUAAACGUAUCUACAUGUAUUUGCAUCAAAUUUCAUAUACCCUUGUUAUUUUGUCUUCUGAAGAAUUUGGUUUCAAUAUUCAACCAUGUAUUUUUGUUUACAAAAUUACCUUAAGUGUAUGUACCUUUUUAGCUCACCUGGCCCGAAGGGCCAAGUGAGCUUUUCCAAUCACUUUGCGUCC